AUGUGGGAUGCCCUCGGCGGUUUAGGGGCUGGCGGCGCUGCUGAACCAUAUGCUGUAUCAGCGGCUAAUGCUCUUGUUUAUGGUCUCUUCUCUAUCGUCUGUGUAGCUGCAGGAGCCAUUAACAAUCGCAUCGGUUUACCUUAUGGUCUUGCUCUCGGCGCUAUUGGCUAUCCGCUCUACGGUGCCGGUCUCUACACCAACAACGUGAACGCGACCACCUGGUUUAUGCUCUUCGGCAGCGCCCUCUGCGGUAUCUCGGCCGGCUUUUUCUGGGCAGCCGAGGCCGCCAUCAUUAUCGGCUACCCGAGUCCUAAGGACCGUGCUUUUUACCUUGCUAUCUGGCAGAGUGCUAAGGCCGCUGGUCCUAUUGUUGGCGGCGCUAUUAACCUUGGUCUCAACGCGCAGCGUUCUUCAGCUGGCUCGGUCGGUUCCGCUACAUACAUCGUCUUUAUCGCUAUUAUGUGCCUGGGCCUACCUAUUGCCCUCUGCCUUAGCCCCGCGAGUAAGGUAUGGCGCAAGGAUGGCACCCGCGUCGUCGUACGAAAGGAGGCGACCUGGGGUGCCGAAUUCCGGGCUGUGGGAAAAUUACUAGUGUCGCGACGUGUGUUGCUAUUGCUACCAGCCUUCUUCAUCAGCUAUUUCUACAACGGCUUCGUUAGCACGUGGCUAACUAAAUACUUUACUGUCCGCUCGCGUGCCUUUUCCUCAUUUUUUACGAACUUCGCCGGUAUCUUCAGCUCCUUUAUCGUUGCCGCUCUGCUCGACCGCCAAAACAUCCACAUCCGAACGCGUGCCCGCAUUGCUUUUACUGCCAUUGUAACCAUCCUUCUUGGCACUUGGAUCUGGGCAACAAUCUUACAGAAGCGGUUUUACGACGCGCCCAUUUCUCCGGUAUUCGAUUGGUUUCAAGGUGGCUUCGGGUCUGCGUACGCGCUUGUUUUCUUUUGGACUUUCGGUGGCCAGGCCUUCCAACAAUUCCUUUACUGGCUUGUCGGCCAGUAUGCGACAGACUUGUCAUCGCUUUCGCAUCACACGGGUAUCCUACGAGGUGUUGAGGCUCUUGGACAGACGGUUGCUUGGGCUAUGCAAUCCGAAGGAAACGCCAAUCACUUUGCCAGCAUCGGUCUCAACUUUGGACUCACCAUCCUAUGCGUUCCGUUCACCUGGAUCGUGCUCUCGGAGCUCGACCACACCCACGAGGUUAGAGUAACCGAGGAACAAAUUGUCGUAAACGACCCGGAUAAGAAGCAAGAUAGUGCUUCUGUUUCGGUUUAA